AUGAGUGCAGUAGACAGAGAAACAUAUAUGAAAAAUCAUGAAUUUAUAAAUAUCAGUGAAAUUAGUGCCAAGUAUGAAAAAAUCACGAAAGUUGGACAAGGUACUUUUGGAAAAGUGUACAAAGCCAAAGUUAAAAAGGAUCCAGAUACAUUUGUUGCCUUGAAAAAAAUUAUGACUGAGAAUGAAUCAGAAGGGUAUCCCAUUACUGCUUUGCGUGAAAUGAAAAUUUUACAAAAAUUGGAUAAUGAGCAUGUUGUCAAACUCAUUGAAAUUUGUAAUAAAAAAGGAUCAAGGAAAAAUAAUUUUGCUUAUAAAAAUUAUCUUGUAAUGGAGUUUUGCGAGCAUGAUCUUGCAGGUUUGUUAUCAAACAAAAUGGUAAAAUUCAGCCUGGGAGAAAUUAAAACAGUCGUAAAACAAUUGCUCGAUGGACUGUAUUAUAUUCAUAGUGCCAAGAUAUUACACAGAGAUCUAAAGUCAUCCAACAUUCUGAUGACAAAAAAGGGUAUUUUAAAAUUGGCUGAUUUUGGUCUUGCAAAGCCAUUCAGUUUUCCAAAGCCAAAUCAUCCAAAUCGGUACACAAAUAAAGUGGUGACAUUGUGGUACCGACCACCAGAAUUAUUACUCGGAGAAACAAAUUAUGUCACAUCAAUUGAUCUUUGGGGAGCUGGCUGUAUCAUGGCUGAAAUGUGGACAAGAACACCAAUAUUGCAAGGUCACACAGAGCAACAGCAAUUAACAUUGAUAUCACAAUUUUGUGGUUCCAUAACAAGUGAUGUCUGGCCAUCAGUUGAAAAGCUAGAACUUUUCAAUAAAAUAACAUUACCUCAAGGACAGAAACGUAAAGUUAUUGAUAGAUUGAAGCCAUACUGCCAUACGUUAGAUCCAUAUGCGUGUGAUCUCAUUGAUAAACUAUUAACGCUGGAUCCAAGUAAACGUUUUGAUGCUGAUUCAGCACUGAAUCAUGAUUUUUUUUGGACUGAUCCAAUGCCUUGUGAUCUUGGUAAAAUGUUGGCACAGCAUACACGAAGUAUGUUUGAAUAUUUAAUGGUAAAACGUCCCCAUCAUCAACAAGUACCUGAUAGACAUGCAAAACGAAAUAAGUUAUCAAAUGAUAGUGGAUAUCACGAACGUAUCUUCUAA